GACGCCACAUGCACGCAAGUCUGUGGCGACGUGAAAAUAUGAUGGAAUAGGACGAGUCAAAUCAAGAGUUCUCAAAUGAGCAAACGGUUGUUUAUCAUUGACAUCUACAUCAUUAGCUACUGUUCAGUAAGCAGAAGACUUCAGAAGAACCUGGGAGACGUAAGCUAGCUAGGUGCCACGAGAGUAGUGAAUUUGACAGUACCUGAUGUGGUAGUGGGAGAUGAGACAGUGAGAGUGAGCCUCUCCCUAGAUCCACAUCCCAUGAGAUGGGAGCCAACACAAGCCAGGUCAGUGACCUGUCAGAGAACCAGAGCCUCCGGACCCUGAUCGGCACAGAGUCCAUCUCAGAUAAUGACCCCUUCUGGAACCAGCUAAUCUCCUUCACAUUCAUCAGCCCCACUAGCAGUUGUAACUCCAAGCUGUUGGAAGAGGCUGUUAUUCCCCUGGCCAAGAUCCUGAUUGAGAACAAUCCCAGAACAGGGAAUUUUGGAGCCCUAGUGAGAAUAUUCCUAGGAAGAACCAAAGAGUUGAAAAUAUCCACAGAAUGCCAAGAUCAGCUGUUCAUCUGGCAGGCCCACAAUACUUUGUUCAUGAUUCGCUGCCUUCUCAAAGUCUUCAUCAGGGAGAUGACAGAGGAGGAGCUGCACUUACAGUUCUCCUACCAGGAGAGGGUGCCAGGCUCCUGUGACACAGGGAGCAAGGUACUGCUGGAAGAGCUGAUGUGUAACCUCGUAUACCUGGUGGUGGAGGUUCCCCUGCUGGACAUCACGUACAGUAUCCUGUUUGAGGCUGUGACCACCAUGCUGGUGCUGCUGUCCUACCAACUCUUUCACAAGGAGAUCCUGAGAGACGGACUCAUCUACCAGUACCUGAUGAAGGGGCGAUGUUUGUCCCUGACCAGUCAGUUGGUGAAGACUCUGCUGUAUAACUUCAUCAGACAGGAGAAGUGUCCGCCUCCUGCCACACACAUCUUUGAACAGCAGUCUGACAGAGGAGGCCUGCUCUACGGACUUGCCUCGGGAGUAGCAAAUGGGAUGGGGCCUGGAUGGAUGGACAGACAGACUUGCUGGUUUGUUUCCCCUCUUCAAGGUGGGUUGUGGAGUGUGUUCGCGCUGGGUGGAGCCGGCAGUAAGCCAGGAUUGGAACAGGAACAGAACCCUCUGCCACUGUCCAAUCAGAGCCUGUUAUUGCUUCUGGUGCUAGCCAAUCUGACAGAUGGACCCAACAACUGUCCCAACCCCUACAGACAGGCUGUCACAUGCUUCAAAAACACACAAGACAUGUCAUCCAUCCCUACAGAGCAGCACCAUAUGUUCCAGAUUAACUUCAACAGACUUUACACAGCUCUGUGUGAGCAGCAGAGAUCCGACCAGGCUACACUGAUACUCUACACACUACUACAUCAGAACACCAACAUGAGGACAUACAUGCUGUCACGCACAGACAUGGAGAACCUGGUGAUGCCCAUCCUCAAGAUCCUGUAUCAUGUGGAAGACAGGAACUCUCAUCACGUCUACAUGGCCCUCAUCAUCCUCCUCAUCCUCACUGAGGAAGAUACCUUCAAUAGGUCCAUACAUGAGGUGGUAUUAAAAAACAUAACUUGGUAUUCAGAGCGUUCAUUAACAGAAAUGUCCCUGGGUAGUCUACUCAUCCUAGUGGUCAUACGCACCAUCCAGUUCAAUAUGACACGGACCAGGGAUAAGUACCUGCACACCAACUGCCUGGCUGCCCUGGCCAAUAUGUCUGCCCAGUUCCGCUGCCUACACCAGUAUGCAGCCCAGCGCAUCAUCAGCCUGUUUGCACUGCUGUCCAAGAAGCACAACAAGAUUUUGGAGCACGCUACCCAGUCUCUACGGGGCCUGCGGCGGGCAGACUACGCCCAGGACCUGAAUGUGAUUGAGGAGGUGAUCAGGAUGAUGCUGGAGAUCAUCAACUCGUGUCUGUCGAACUCUCUACACCACAACCCCAACCUGGUCUACGCCCUGCUCUACAAGAGAGAGCUCUUUGAACAGUUCAGAACACACCCAUCCUUCCAGGACAUCAUGCAGAACCUCGACACAGUGAUAGGUUUCUUCAGCCAGCGUCUUGAGGCAGCAGGGACAGACUUGUCAGUAGAGAGGGUACAGGAGGUCAUCAUGAAGGGAGCACAGGCCCUGCCCAAAGACCGCCUCAAGAAGUUCCCGGAGCUGAAGUUUAGGUACGUGGAGGAGGACCAGCCUGAAGACUUCUUCAUCCCUUACGUGUGGUCCCUGGUUUUCAACUCUGGAGUAGGCCUUAACUGGAGCCCUACAGGCAUAGAACUCUUCAGCAUGGACUCUGGCUGAUUGUGAGAGUUCACGUCUGUCUAGCUAUGGGCCAAUCCAAACUUCCACCUUAGUCAAAUGUUCACUUAGUCAUGCAUCGAUGUAAAUGGGAGAUGUUACCUUAGUGGAAGUUAGGAUUCGCCCGUGUGUGUGUGUGUGCGCGCGCACUGCUUUGGAAGUGCCUCUACAGACAGAUCCCUGGGUUACUAUGGGAUGUUAGACAGGAGGACAUUGAAUAUACUGGUCUUCCUUUCUGCUCCUAUUCGUUCAUAUCAGACAAACUUUUCCUCUGUGCUUCCACGUAGCCUGGUUAGUCCAGACUGAACACUGAACUCACCAUUGUGAGUCAUAAUUCAGUCUGGUACAACCAGGCUAGCUUCCACAUGGUUCAGCUCCACAACCAGACCUCAACAGCAGCACUGAAUACUAAGGAUGGUACUCUUAACAGAGACUGUUUGUUUUCUCCAUUAUUGGGAGUUUGGUGCAUUUUCUGUCCUCAGUCUUUCUCAGGUUUUCUCUGGUUUUGCCUCACUUCAAAUUCACCCUUGGUUCUUUUGGGUUUGCUUAAAUCUUUCUCUUGUUUAUGAAGUAAAGUAGUUAUGGUUCAAAGAAAUUUAAAAAAUCAGAGUAUUCAUAGUAUUCAACUGUCAGAGUAUUCAGAGCAGGUCACCUGGGAUCCUAGGUUGAGGACUGGACAGUUGAUAACAGUUAACUAUUGGUGAUGACCUAGAGGUGUCAAUACGAUACUUGUCGCUGUAGCCUAGUCCCAGAACUUGUCACAUACAGAAUCUGGGACCAGGCUUUUGUGACUGUCUUAAGUCAUGUCUUUACCACAGUAAUUAUUUAUUAUCAGUAGUUUAGCAAAACAGGGGGUCCUUAAUUUCAAUGUUAUUUUGUGCACAAUCAUGUUUGUUUGUUUAUUUGCUUGUUUAAUAGGAUUUGUUUUUUAAAUUAUUGUAUUUAUGUAUUAAUUUUGAUAUUUUCCCCCACCAAAACAUAAACGACAAUCAACAGCAACAACAGUAGCAAAAUGAGAUCCUUAAUAUCCUUGUAAAGGAACAUCAGCAAAUAAUUUUAUUCCUGGUAGUUACGUAUUUGUCUUAAUGUCAAUAUAGAACAACAACAACUGACAAAGUUGAAUUUAGGAAGCAUAAUUAUUAAAAAUAUAAAAAUAACUAUAUACUGUAUAGGCUGUCACAUGUUUAUUUAGCCUUGUAAAUGUUCCAGGAUGCGUCGAAAUUGGUACCCUAUUCCCUAUAUAGUGCACUACUAUAGUGCACUACUUCUUCCUGAAGUGUGCACUUGUCCACUACUUCCCACACAUGUAAAUCCAUUGAAGGGAGGUGAACAAGUGCUCACUUUGGGGAAAAAGGAGAGAUUAUUCGGAUGUACCCAAAGAUGUAUUCUCUCCUUCCAUUCAGUAACGAGAGUAUUCUCUAUAGUGAGUGCGUGAAGUUUGAGAACCACCUCUUUUUUUCUACUUUUUCAAAUCAUUUAUUUGUUGUACUUAUACGCCUUUUUCUCUUCAAUUUCGUGAUAUCCAAUUGGUAGGCCCUUGAGAAGCACUCUUGAAAGCAUUUUAUUUAAUUGGGGUUGUUAUGACCGCUGUUUUCCUCUGAAAAAUAAGAAGAAUGUAUUAAAACCAGAAUCUUGCUG